AUGACAGCAAGAACUAGUGCUUUUACUCACGUUUUGUUCAAAAAUAUAAUUAACAAUGAAUUAAUGAUUGCUUCACUUGAAAAAUGUCGUAUUCAAGAUGAUAAUGUUACAUAUACAUGUGGUGAAAAAACUUUUAAUGGUGAAUUGAUUACUGUUGGUCCAAAAAGUUUAUGUAACAAGCUCAUGAAGAAAAUGAAUGGUUAUACAACAGAUUAUUUGUAUUCAUUUCUACCAGAAGAAGAUGAUGAUGAUGGAGAAGAUAAUGAUGGCGACGAAGAUAAUGAAAAUAAUGUUUUAAAAGGUGAUAUUAAUCCAGUCUCGAUACGAUCAUCAUCACCAAAUGUUAUACGUUCAUCAAAUGAUAUUACCAAUAACAAUGAUAGCGUUCGUAUAAUUCAAGAUAAUGGGAAUAGGGGUGACCCUUUAUCUUUACUAUCCUUUAUAAUAAAGGAUAAAGAUAAAUGA